AUUUUCCCUCACACCUUGGCAGAUCAGCAACAUAAGACACGAGGUGGAGGCAGGAUUGAUACGUACUAAAGACGGAGGAAGUGUUUGUUGUUGACUUCACCUCUACAAGGCAGCUGAUAGAGGAAGGCUCACUCGGUACUGCUAUAUUAUCGGCCACAAGCUGCACUACCUCAGAACUGAGAUCACGUCUGCGAGUCAUCAGCGAGGCUUUUGGACUUUAGACAGUACUGACCCGUGAGCCGUUUUUGUCUCCCGUGCCCGGGUUCAGUCAUGACAUCUGCACUGUUUGUGGCGCUGCUGGCGUUUGUAUCUUCCUUGGCAUUUAAAGCCGCAGAUGGUGCAGUCAGAUAUAACCUGGAGGUAGACAAUGAUGCCCCCAUCACUACAGGAGCUCUGGGAGCUGUAAAAGCCAGAUUGGUUAUAAACAAUGGUACUGGGACUUUUACAGCAAAUCCAAACUUGUAUCAGUUUCAUUGGACUUACAGCAUUUUGAAUUUGGUUGAAAAAUCAGAAGAUGAAUUCCACUCAUGGAUCUCAGUGCAAAGUGAUAUUCCAGGAAAUUACACAGUCACAGUGUCAGUACAUCAUACGGACUGUUGGAGAUGUCCGAGCAUUGCACAGAAUGCCACUGUGCUUCAGUUUACAGAGUCUGUUGUUGGAAACAUCCUGAUUGCACAGGCAGAUGGAAAUGCCACGUUUGUAAAUGACAGCACAAAUCUGGCCACUGAGACAGUGACUAAAAUGUCAUUCGUACUUCAUGACCCAAGUUCUUACUUAAGCACAGCUCUGUUUUCUUACAAAUGGGAGUUUGGGGAUGGGAACACAUUUCUGACAGACGUACCAGAAGCUGAGCACAUCUACACCACUGCUGGCAGUUAUACCCUCAAACUUAGAGUUGGUGCUAGGCUGAGAGGGAGUCAAAAUAUGAAGAUUGGCUAUUUUAGUUCAUAUCUACAGCUCUUUGAUCCUGUUAAGAGUAUCAAAGUUAAAGGACCUACAAGUACCAUUGUGGAACAAAAUUUGAGCCUCUCCAUACAUGUCAAUGGCAGCCCUCCUCUAAGCUUGUGUUGGCAUAUGUCUUCAGAAUGUGUUGCACUUUCAAAUCAAUGCAGCUCCCUGGUGAACAUCAGCACACCUCACUACAGCCUAGACUACCAGUUUAAUGCAACAGGACGGAAAUGUCUCAGCCUGUCGGUGUGGAACAGAGUGAGCAUGCUCCAAGCAUACCAUGCUAUUACUGUCACACACAACAGUGUUCUGCCGUUACUCUUCAUUCUGCCUUGUGCUAUACUACUUGUAAUAGUCAUUGGCUUCAUUGCAUCAACAAUGCUUAGAGGCACUCGUCCUCCCAAAGACAUGGUGGAGGUGGCUGACUUCGACUUUUCCCCCAUGGCAGACAAACCAACAUUGCUAUUGGAUUCCGAUGUGAAUACAGUUAAUACAUGUUGUCUACAUUGUUUCAGGCAGAAGGAUGGUCUUGAAGAGGAACAGCCCCUUUUAUGGCCACGCACCAGAGCAGUGCGUCAGUAUACAGUGUGAUGCAGUAAAUAAUGCGACUUGGACUGUAAUUUUGUCUCUCCAGUAAUAUAGCUGUUGUGUCUGUGACUUUUCCGUGUCCCUCCUUAAUGGCAGGGAAUGGCAUGACAGACCUCCAGCAAUAUAGUUUCUAGACUGCAGUUGGCUCAUUUGUUCUUCAGAACUAAGGAAAAUUUUAAGCCAUCAUAAUGAAUUCUAGUUAAGAGAGUUGCUGUCUGCGUGGUGGUAAAGCAUUUCCCUGUGAUGGUGAAGGGUGGUUACCUUAAGUAAUCUCAUCAAACAGCAAGGAGUAAGUUUGGUCGUGUUGUUCUUGGACUGUAUCACUGAUUAUUUUUCUAGAGCUUUCCUUCAGACUUAGCAGUUUGUUAACUAUGUCUAGUACAACAUUAGGAACCACUGCUGAUGUGAGUUUCAUGUAUGCCAUGUGACUUUUAGUUAAACUUUGUACAGAUAAAGGUAUUAUUGUCUAUUGGUAUAAUUAUGUAAAAAAAUAACAGAAUUGCAGGUUCAAGAACUUAAAACCUGCUGUGAUGAUUUCUAUAGACUGUUUCAGACUGUGUAUUUUUGAAAGCCAUAUGUAUCACAGUUUAAUUUCUGUAAAGCGGUAUCCAUGCACUCUAAUUUUAUUUAUAUUUGUAAAAGAACUUGCAGAUGCUGAAUUUAGCAGAUGUUCCCUUUAAAGUAUUACAGAAGCUUUGACCACAGUACAGACUGAAAACAAAAAAAAAAACUUUAGCCAAGUAAAGCUCUGAUAUUUUUGUUA